AUUAUGAUUCAGAGUGGCGGUGAUCUCCGAUAAACGCAGCUUCGCGUGCCCGCACUCGCGCUCGUCUUUCUUCUCUCGUCUCUCCUCUCCUGACAACGCGAAUCGCCGCGCGGCUGAUCCAUUCUCGUCCUCGGCGAUCCCAUCGAUCUUUCGCGCGCGUUUCUUCCGCUCCCCCCACUCUCUCCUUUCCAUGCUUCGCGCCCGUCGAUCGUUUCAUCGGACUCCCCCGUGAACACUUCCCACACGGCAGGUGGUGGAAUUUUCCCCGUCGGUGAAAAUCGAACGAGGGUGCGUACACGCGAACGACCGCGCGCCAGCCUAGGGGAGUCACGCUCGCUGGAAGCAACGGAGAGCGAGCGAGAGAGAGAAAGAGAGAUAGAAAGGCCCUCCGAAGUGGCAGCGAGCCACCACCGAGGAAAACCACCGCGAGAUCGAUAGUGUCGUGGCAACCGCGUUUCAGAACUGCCCUGCCAGCUAGUCCGGUGCUCCGACCGGAAGCCAGCACCGCUUCGCUUGGAAACGGCGCUGGGUCCGUGGGAAGUCCGCAUCUUCCCCUCGCGAGCGGAAGUCAGAGCGCAGGAGUCGCGGAGACUGCGCGCGCGCGCGACGCGAUCGAGUUUGCUGAAAUCGGCUCUCUGCACGCGUCGCACGUCUGACGCUGCCGAUUGAAAUCGUGGUUUACCGCUGCGCGCCAAACCCGCAAAGCAGGAAGAAGACAUCCGACUUCGUACGUGGAUCAUUUCCGUGAUCUACGAGGUGACACCGCGAGAGUGUCGUUCCGCGGAAACGCAUGUUCAGCGAGUGCGCACGUACAACAGUGUUCCUUUCUUUACGUCGAGGCGAGCUGGUGUGACACUCGUCAUCUCGGCGCAGACCAAAUUUUGGAUCGCAGCAGGUCACUCUCACUGGAGACAUGACGAGGUGGAGCAAAAUCGUGCCGUCACGGCGAAGUGCCCGCGGCUAUCCGAUGAUGAUCGCCGUCCUCGCCUUGUGCGCGAGCGCGGAAGCGACGCCGGCCAAUCUCGCGAUCAGCGAUACCACUGCCGCGAACUACCUGGCACAAUAUGGAUACCUGCCGCCGACGAACCCGGAAAACAGUGCUUUCCUGAGUUCAGAAAGGCUAACGGCGGCGAUAGAGGAGUUCCAGGCGUUUGCUGGUAUUAACAUAACCGGCGAACUGAACGAAGAGACUGCCAAGCUCAUGGCUACUCCAAGAUGCGGUGUCAAAGAUAAAGUCGGGCCAGCCGCCGAUGGACGAUCAAAGAGAUAUGCUCUUCAGGGGUCGAGAUGGCGUACGAAGAACCUGACGUACAAGCUCAGCAAGUAUCCUACCGGCCUGAACAAGCAGGAGGUAGACAAGGAGAUCGCGAAGGCAUUCAGCGUCUGGUCGGGCGAAACUGAUCUUACAUUCACCCCCAAAUCGGGAUACGAGAACGUUCACAUUGAGAUCAGAUUCGAGGUGGGCGAGCACGGUGACGGCGAUCCGUUCGAUGGACCUGGUGGUACUCUGGCACAUGCUUACUUCCCCGUGUACGGCGGCGACGCGCAUUUCGAUGACUCCGAGCGAUGGACUAUACGCAGCUAUCGCGGCACGAAUCUUUUUCAGGUCGCAGCGCACGAGUUCGGCCACUCGCUCGGUCUUAGCCACAGCGACAUCAAGAGUGCUCUGAUGGCACCCUUCUACCGUGGUUACGAUCCGUAUUUUACAUUGGAUCAAGAUGACAUCGAUGCUAUACAGGCUUUGUACGGAAAGAAAACGAACUAUGGACCACGUGGUCAAGGAACGACAUCGCGACCUUCACCACCCGCCGAGGAAGAUCCCGAAUUGUGCAAAGAUCCGAAGGUCGACGCGAUGUUCAACACGAAAGACGGCGACACCAUUGUGUUCAAAGGAAAACAUUAUUGGAAAUUAACGGACAACGGGGUAGCUAGCGGAUAUCCCAGACGCAUUAGUAGCACGUGGAAGGAACUUCCGUCGAACAUAGAUGCCGCGUUCACCUAUAGAAACGGCAAGACUUACUUCUUUAAGGGCACGCAAUACUGGAGGUACAUCAACUCUACCAUGGACGGCGAUUAUCCAAAAGAAAUUAGCGACGGCUUCACUGGUAUCCCUGACCAUAUCGAUGCGGCCACCGUGUGGACCGGUAACGGCAAGAUCUACUUCUACAAGGGCACGAAGUUCUGGCGCUUCGAUCCAGCGUCGAAGCCACCAGUGAGGAGUAACUAUCCCAAGCUCAUCAAGAACUGGCAGGGCAUUCCGGAUCACGUUAACGCGGCGGUCACUUACAAGGGUUACACGUACUUCUUCCAGGAUAAUGCCUACUAUCGGUUCAACGAUCGUACCUUCUCCGUGGAUGUCGCUGAGCCCGCCUUCCCGAGAUCGACGGCGUAUUGGUGGUUCGGAUGCAAAUCCGCUAACAGGGGGACGCUAGGUAAAGAUAACCGGCCGUUUGCGUCUGUCAGCAAUAUGGACGUGGCCGACGAUGACACGUACUAUUACGGUAGUCUUGACAACAUCGACGACAUCAUUUUAGACGCAGGAGGCACCGACGAACUCGUCACGUCAUCGUCGAAUCAUGGUCAUGCGGAUUCCGGCACAAGCUCGUUGAGCACGCAUUCGGGAAACACGUGGCAGCCCUUCCUCAUGAACAUCGCGAUGACGACGAUCAUCGCGAGAUUCAUUGCGACCACGUAAAGCGGAUUGUCGACCGAGUACAUCUUGCGAGGAUCAAUGCGAGCCAACGAGCCUGAAAUUUCCAAGUCAAUAUACGUUUCUGCGAUGGAACAACGUGAACGUUGCUGCGAAAGAGCAACCAAUGGCCAAUGACGUGAUCCAUAUAAUGCGUUGACGGUUGAGUGUGAAACGAUAGCGCAAUGAUCUUAUAGGAACUUGUUUAGGAAGUUGCGUUCCCCCCGAUAAUUAAAUAAAUAGCUAGAGAAUUGCGACGAACAGUGGGUCAAACCAGUGUAACUGCGCAAGCGCGCGUAUUUGAAUCCGCACGAUUUGUUUGUCGUAAACGCGAGUGCAAGCACGUACACGAAUUACGUCGUAUUUUUGACUACUACGUUUCAUGCGGUUAAGAUUAAACAUAGGAUCCUUCUACACUGCCUGUUUUUGCUCGCAUGUCCAUGAUUUGCAAAGACUUUAAAAGAGACGUGGAAAACAAACGCGCUUACUGACAAUUAACAGCUACAAGUUAGCGAUCGGUUUUUUGAUUGACAAUAUUGUCGAAGCUGUUUGUUGAUAGGUGUCACGAGUAUUGUGGAUCCUCCUAGCUACUAAACGCUGAACAACUCCAUUGGAUAAUGCGCAUAAUUAUGCGUUAUACGUCACUUUUAUUCAAUCUGUUUACGUACGUGGAAUUCAUCGGACACAUUUGUUUCUAUAAAUAUUUUUAACAAACACUGAGGAAUUCUGUCGCGUAACACCUGGUAAUUAUAUAUUGCAUAAUUUUCUAUUCAAUAUUCUCAUUUGCAUACUCGUGAGAUCCAUUUGCGUGAUUAACGGCGUCCGGUGUGCUCAACGUUUUAAACCUAAAUUUUUUUCAUAAUCUUUAAGAAAUAUUUUGGGAUUAAUCGAUGCGAUUAGAUCGGUUUCCGCUCGCGAGGAACGCAAAGAAUCAGCGAAAUAUGAAAGGACUGAACGUUCGGAAAACACACCGGACUGCAUUAAUACACGCGAGUGUACGUAUAGUACUCAUGUCGCUUACGAUAAUUACGUUACGAUAAUUACGCUAAGACAAUUGCCUUAAGUGCGAGUGCCUUGGAGAGUAUUUUUGUAAUUUAUACACCGAAGCGAGAAGAUUGUACGUGAUUGUACCGAGCGCAAACCGAGCGUUUUUCUUCAGUGUGUCACUUCGACUAAAUGGCGUCUCGGCUCCGUUGUUGCGAUGUCGCCUUUGGAAAAGGAGCUUCCCUUUCCCCGUUUUUUCGCGUGAAUGCUUCCACCGCGUGGUUUCUCCCGAGAUGAUAGCUUGUUCGUCUUGUAGUUUUAUAUGCGAUCAUUAUUAGCUAGAGCGACCGUACUGUGAAUUGUCGGACUGAGCUCUGACAUUAAUGGUGCUGUGUGUGAACAUAUAUACAUACGUAUAUGUAUAUGUAUAAAAUACAAUUCUUAUAUAUAAAAUAUUUUUAGAUUCUAGACUCGACGAAGAAUGAAAGUGCACUUCAUCCUGCCCGGCAAUAAAGAAGGAAACCCUCUGCGAAAAGAUUACGCAUAUCCGAAAUUGUCUUUGUUGUAUUCAGUAUUGACGAACGUUUGCUAAAUGACGUUAAUAUCGUUGCUUUUUACGUUACGUGAAGUGUCUCUCAGUGUAUGCUAACACACUGCAAAGUGUUUGACCGGUACUUAAUUAUUAAGGAUUACUACUCUUGGCAGUACUUUAAGUAUUAUCGGAGCACCGUAAGAAAGGCCUUGUAUCCGUUCGUUAUCUGCCAUCUACCGAUUAAAACUUUGUUGGAGAGUAAAAGUAAUCUAUUUUUUUACAAGCUCUCGUCUUGCAUCAGCUAGAGAUGUAACAAUCGUUAUUGUUUAAUGACAAGCGGUACCGUCGUGAGUCGUCGUCAACCGAGCCGCACGUGUUUCAGCAUACAAGGUCUUUCUUUACGUUUACUACUGACGUCAGGGUUUUAAUGAUUCAUAUUGAAACUUGCCACGCCACGCGUCGUGCCCUGAACGAAAUCUCUAUUGUAUUAUAUUUUUCACUGUCAUACAAAUAGUAUUAAUAAAUAUAUAGAUAUAUAUAUGUUUAUUUUAGCUAUCGAGUAUUUUCAAUUUUCGUUUUACGUCAAAUCUAGAAAGAUUUGGAGAAUGUGAUCCGGCAAUGAGAAUCGUAUAACUGAUCAAGAUUUGUAUUUGAAUAAUACUGGAGCGACCAGUACCAGACAUGUACAAAAGAUGUACAAAAUUAUUAAAUACUUGUAUUAUUAAG